ACCUCAUCCCUCAUCGCCUUCGGCUUCGCUCAUCUCAGAUCUCGCCCCCCUUCUUCGUCGCCCAUAAGACGAAUCUCGCCUUGCCGCGAUACCUAGAGCAAACCCGCCAAGAUGAACCCCGAAUACGACUAUCUCUUCAAGCUCCUCCUCAUCGGAGAUUCCGGUGUUGGAAAGUCUUGCCUGCUUCUGCGAUUUGCCGAUGACACCUACACCGAGUCCUACAUCUCGACCAUCGGUGUCGAUUUUAAAAUCCGAACAAUAGAGCUCGACGGCAAGACGGUCAAGCUGCAGAUUUGGGAUACUGCCGGCCAAGAGCGAUUCCGAACCAUCACCUCCUCCUACUACCGUGGCGCCCACGGCAUCUGCGUCGUCUACGAUGUCACCGACAUGGACUCGUUUAACAACGUCAAGCAAUGGCUCCAGGAGAUUGACCGAUACGCCACCGAGGGCGUCAACAAGCUGCUGGUCGGCAACAAGAGCGAUAUGUCGGACAAGAAGGUCGUCGAGUACAGCGUGGCCAAGGAGUUCGCCGACAGCCUGGGCAUCCCCUUCCUCGAGACCUCGGCCAAGAACGCCAGCAACGUCGAGCAGGCCUUCCUGACCAUGGCCCGCCAGAUCAAGGAGCGCAUGGGCACCACGACGGCGAACAACACCAAACCCAGCGUGCAAGUCGGCCAGGGCCAGGGCGUCGGCAACAACAACAACAACGGCUGCUGCUAAAUGCUCUGAUGCUCUCUUUUUUCUGGGGCGAAGCAGGAUGACGGAGUACGGCCGGGACACAGGGCAACGCAAUGCAAUGCAAUAUGCUAGGGACAUGACCGGAUGGGUUGAAUCACGAUGUUUGCUUUUUCCCCCUUGCUCUCCCCCAUUUCUGCCUGCGCACGCAUAGACCAAAUCAUG